AUGGCUUCAGAAGCAGCGUCCCAGAUCACCAAACGAUACUAUCUCAGCGAAGUCGACACUAACAAGGCUUUCUGUAGUGCCAUCUUUGACCCAAGUCAGCCUCAAGUGGCGGAGCCCAUCGUCCAGUGCGUCCAGAUCAAGUCCUUGCCAGCUCAACCUGGAGCACCAGAGCGGUACCGGGCUGUUUUCAGUGAUAUCGCCAAUUAUGUUCAAACCAUGCUUGCAACACAGGUCAACCCUGCUGUAGCAGACGGAUCUCUCCGAAAGGGCUGUUUCGUACGAUUGAAGUCAUUCCAGUCAAACUCCGUCAAGGGCAAGAAGAUCCUCAUCAUCCUGGACCUCGAAGUCCUCAAGGAGCUAGGUGAGGCUGAAAAAAUCGGUGAACCUAAGGCACUCGAAGUCAAAGCCGAAGAAGAGGAAGUUGCCCAACCUACCGCAAUCUCCAGCAAUGGAUUCUACGGCAACAAGGUUGAGGCUGCUCCAUCUCAGCCAGCCAAACGAGCCCAGCCCGCUCCCCCACCUGCUUCCGCUCACGCCACGAUCUACCCCAUCGAAGCCAUCUCCCCCUAUUCCAACAAAUGGACGAUGAAAGCCAGAUGCACACAAAAGUCCCAAAUCAAAACAUGGCACAACAAAAAUGGCGAGGGUAAGCUGUUCAGUGUGAACUUGCUCGAUGACAGUGGUGAAAUCCGUGCCACUGGAUUCAAUGAUCAGUGUGACAUGCUGUAUGAGUUAUUCCAGGAGGGAAGUGUCUACUACAUUUCCAGUCCCUGUCGAGUCCAGAUUGCCAAGAAGCAAUUCUCGAACCUAAACAACGACUAUGAGCUCACCUUUGAGCGGGAUACAAUUGUCGAAAAGGCUGAGGAGCAAAAUGAUGUCCCGCAAAUCCGAUACAACUUUACUACCGUUGCCGAUUUGCAGACCGUUGAGAAGGAUACCACUACCGAUGUAAUUGGUGUCCUCAAAGAUGUUGGGGAGACAUCUCAGAUCACAUCGAAGAGCACGGGCAAGCCAUAUGACAAGCGCGAAAUCACGCUCGUUGAUAACACAGGAUUCUCGGUGCGUUUGACCAUCUGGGGUGCUACCGCAAAUUCGUUCUCUGCGUCCCCUGAGUCUAUCGUCGCCUUCAAAGGCGUCAAGGUCUCUGACUUUGGCGGAAGGAGUCUCAGUCUACUGAGCUCGGGCUCGAUGACUAUUGAUCCUGAUAUCGGAGAGGCCCACAAGCUCAGAGGCUGGUAUGAUGCCCAAGGUAGAACGGAGAACUUUGCAUCCCACGCUUCAUUGUCUGGCGCAACGAACUCCGGCAAAGGUGAUAGCUAUAAGACCAUCGCACAGGUCCGUGAAGAACAACUCGGCAUGUCCGACAAGCCUGAUUACUUCUCCAUGAAAGCGACCGUGAUCUACAUCAAGCAGGAUUCCACCUGGUCUUACCCAGCUUGUCUUUCUGAAAACUGCAACAAGAAGGUCACUGAAAUGGAUCCUGGUCAGUGGCGAUGUGAGAUGUGUGACAAGACCCACCCUAAGCCCGAACACCGAUUCAUCAUGCCCAUCAGUGUCAGCGACCACACUGGCCAGCUUUGGGUCAGUUGCUUCGACGACACCGGUAGAGCCAUCAUGAACACAACUGCCGAUCAACUGAUGCAACUGCGUGAAGACGAUUCCGGUGCUUUCGGCGAAGUCUUCCAAGAGGCUAAUUGCAAGACCUGGAGCUUCAGAUGCCGCGCCAGGAUGGAUAACUUUGGUGAACAACAACGUGUUCGCUACCAGGUCAUGAACUGCUCGCCCAUCAAUUACACGGAAGAGGCCAACCGCCUGACCGCUCUCAUAAGCUCUUACAACCUUGAGUAA